AUGGAACGCGAUCGGUCAACCCAUAUCUACGGGGACAAUGGCAAACAAAGACUUCGACAGCUUUUAACCUCAGCUCGUCGUGCAGAGAGUCGCAUGAAUGAGCAUGACACCAGCCGAGCACACCAAAAAAUUCGAGCUCCCGAGGGCGAACGGACACCUGAUCAGCCAGAAGAUCGUAUCACCUCUGAGAGUCCUGAACGAGCAAAAGACCUACAGCCGAGGAAGCGUAAGUUAAGCACGGCGAUUCCGGGCGACUCAUUUGCCGUGCGUCGUUCGGGAUCUACCAAGCUGGCAGCUGUCAGAAGCUUAACACCUCAUACACCUCGUACACCUCGAUUGGCCACGGUGUGGUCACAGUACUGCAGUGGAUACGAGGUCAACUUUGGUGGAGGAUUUCUUUACGUGGCUUCCCAACGACAUUCACCCAGUGUUCUAACUUUGAUUCGUCAAGGCCAAUUGAAAGACGAAGAUGAAAGGAUCGCGGUACUUAGUAAAUGUCGCAGUGAGUACGUGGUUCAAUUCAUGGAGUGGUUUGACGCUGGGAACGAACAAUUUCUUGUGUUUGAAUCUAUGGACAUGUCGUUACUCCAAGUCGCUAGUGCCGUCAGACGUCCGAGAGAAGACGAGAUCGCUGCGAUUGCCCGCCAAAUCUUCCACGGAUUGAAGGCGAUGGCGCAGCACAACAUCGUACAUGGCCGCUUGAGGAUGUUCAAUAUUCUUGCGAACCUUGACGGACGGGUGAAAAUUUGUAUGACAAACAGAUCCGAAGAAGGUUAUCCAUCGCUAAUGUGUCAGGGUGCAGUCUUGGAUGAAUCUUGCCAUUUUGACCCUCACAAUCUUGGUGCGCAACGUCAAAGUGUUGCAGCUGUGGGGGAUAUCGUGCUAGAGCUUGCUGCCGUCGCUGACGCUGAGGAGGAUGUUGACGAUGAUACAGUGGCUCUGGCAGACGACCCGAACACAGACUGCACGAGAUUGCGAGAAUUUCAAAUUGCCACACAAAGUGACGAACUCGACUCCCUCCUUCAGGCAGGUUGUCAACCAAGAAGACCCCACAGAACGAGAUACUGA